UUCAUUCUCUCUCCUCCUCCUACUCUCUCUCUCUCUCUCUCUCAUCAACUAUAACUCUUUACAUAAACAAACACUUGUCCUUCUCUCCUCCAUCCAAUUCCACCCACCCGCCGCCCCUACAGACUGUUAUUUCAUAAUAUAUUGAAGCUCUUCUCUUCUCUCGAAAACACUCACUUGCAGAGAAGAUCAUGGCCAUGGACACCAGCCGUCCGAUCGUUUUCAUACUGCUGCUGGCGGUGCUGCUUCUCUCUCCGGCGGUAACCGCGCAGCCCCCUCCGGCGCAGUACCCCUACGCCAACUUCACUCCUUCCAUGGCCAUCAUAAUCGUGGUCCUCAUCGCCUCCCUCUUCCUGAUGGGCUUCUUCUCCAUCUACCUCCGCCACUGCACCACCGCCGGGGCCGCCGGCAGCGUCCGCCCGCUCGGCGCCAUUGGCUCCCUGAGGCGCCGGGCGGCCUCGCGCGGCCUCGACCCUGAGGUGAUCGACACCUUCCCGACCUUCGAGUACGCCGCAGUCAAGGGCAAGAAGUUCGGGAUGGGCGCGCUCGAGUGCGCCGUGUGCCUGAACGAGUUCGAGGACAAGGACACCUUGCGGCUCAUCCCCAAGUGCGACCACGUGUUCCACCCCGAGUGCAUCGACAUGUGGCUCGGGUCGCACGUGACUUGCCCGGUUUGCCGGGCCAACCUCGUCCCGCAACCGGGCGAGACCCUUCAAGUACCCGAAUUUGUCGUCGCGGAAAAUUCCGCAGUCCCGGGAGAAGCUGCAAGCCCCCGGAACGACGAUGUAUCGAUACGGGUCGGCGAAGAACGGGAAGAACAUGGUAUUUAUGUUCCUGCUCAAGCGAUGAACAGGAGCAAAAGCGUGAACCAGAACCGGCCGCCGAGAACCCGAUCGUUCCGUCCGAGGAUGUUCGGGAAGUUUCCCCGGUCGCAUUCGACCGGGCACUCGCUGGUUACCCCGGGGGAGAACACGGACCGGUUCACGCUCCGAUUGCCGGAGGAUGUGAGGAAGCAGAUGAUGAGCCGGGCCUUGAACCGGACGGCGAGCUGUCUGGUUGUUUUGCCGAACGACGGUGGCUCGCAGAGGGAGUAUCGACGGGGCUUCGGAGAGGGAAGCAGCAGGGGACCGAAGUCGUUCGUGCGGCUGGACCAGGGGUUGAAGUCGGACCGCUGGGUGUUUUCGAUGGCGCCCCCGUUCUUCUCUCGGUCGUCGUCGUCUGUCCGGUCUCCGAAGGUCACGGGCGAUGGGUCGACGUCGUUUAGAGGGAAGGUCACCGGCGACGGAUCGACGUCGUUUAGAGGGGUGAAGAGUGCGGUGAAGUUGCCGUCGUUCAAGUGUCUGGAACCGAGGGGGGAGGGAGAUGAGCCCGCCGGUCUAAUGGCUGCCGAUUCGGCUCGUUUACCGGUUUAAUUGUCAAAUUUUGUCUGCUAUUGUGAUGAUAGUGCUAGUAUUGUAUUCAUUGGUCGAUUGGAGAAUACUGGACUGGACCGGUUCAAACUGCCCAGCUUUGACCAGUGCUUCACACAUUCCUAGUCUUCCCAUCUCUAAAUAAAUGUUCAGCGCAAAAAUUUAAGCCCGUAAAAACAUGUAUAUUUUUUGUUGAAAGAUUCAAUUUUUUUUUUACAAUUAAAAAAACUCGAUAUGAUUCUUUUUAUGAAAAAAUACAUCUUUUAAUGGUUUAAAUUUACGCGCCGGAUAUUUAUUUAAAGACGGAGUAUAAUAUUUAAGCACGGUUUUUUUUUAAGAAAGUAGAGAUUUUUUGUUCAGUUGGAGCCUUGGAGGCAGGUUGGAGAGUUGGGGUUCUACAGAGGUUUUGUGCAUAUCUGUUUGUAGAUUCUUGUAACCUAAUGUCCUAUUUUUUCUAUCCGAAGUGUUUUCACCUUGGAAUGGCUUUUUUAUAGGUUGAGCUCGAAUAAUAUUCUUGAUGGAAUCAGUAAA